CCAUGGCUGUUGGAUCAUGGGCCAGUGGAAACGCUCCCAGGCCUAUGCGGAUUAUAUUGGAUUCAUUCUGACCCUGAACGAGGGAGUGAAAGCGAAGAAGCUCAGUUGUGAAUUCAAACUGUCAGAGACGGUGCAGAAGCUGCUGUCUGUCCUCGAGACUUUGGACCGCUGGAUUGACGAGACCCCGCCUGUGGACCAGCCCUCACGGUUCGGGAACAAGGCCUACAGGUCCUGGUACGCCAAGCUGGAACAGGAGGCUGAGAGCCUGGUGUCCGGAGUCAUCCCGCCGGACCGCGCCGCAGCCGCCCCGGAGAUCGCUGUGUAUUUGAAGGAGUCUGUCGGGAACUCCACCAGGAUAGACUACGGGACAGGCCACGAGGCAGCUUUCGCUGCCUUCCUCUGCUGCCUCUGCAAAAUCGGUGCUCUCAGGGUGGACGACCAGCUCGCGAUAGUCUUCAAGGUGUUUGACAGGUAUCUGGAGGUGAUGCGGAAGCUGCAGAAAACCUACCGCAUGGAGCCCGCCGGCAGCCAGGGCGUCUGGGGGCUGGACGACUUCCAGUUCCUACCCUUCAUCUGGGGCAGCUCCCAGCUCAUAGACCACCCGACACUGGAGCCCAGGCACUUCGUAGAUGAGAAGAUGGUGAACGAAAAUCACCAGGACUACAUGUUCCUGGAGUGCAUCAAGUUUAUCAACGAGAUGAAGACCGGCCCGUUCGCCGAGCACUCCAACCAGCUGUGGAACAUCAGCGCGGUGCCCACCUGGUCCAAAGUCAACCAGGGACUCAUCCGAAUGUACAAGGCCGAGUGCCUGGAGAAGUUCCCCGUGAUCCAGCACUUCAAGUUUGGCAGCCUGCUCUCCAUCCAGCCCGUCAAGCCCUGAGACGUCGGCGCGUGGGUGGGUGGGGCAGGGGGAGGGGAACAACCCAGUAAUGAGAAUGACCAUGAAUUAAAAGAAAACGGAGGGUUGAACCCAAAAAUCAGAAGUCCGUGCGAAUGAAACAGUAGAUCCUGCAGGGAUCUGGGCACCUUUUCUUAGAGGAGAACCCUUUCCCCCGAUCCAUAGCCCUCUUCCUUGUAGAGAUCCCACCCAUCUUCCCGUUUGAGUUUUGAUUUUAUAUUUUAUUUAUUUAUAUUUUCUAUCCAGACCUUGUGUGCGCGCGGGCAAGUGUGGUGUAUUAUAUAGAAGAGCCUGCUUUCAUCAAUCGAUCACUCCGUCUCUGUCUCUCUGUCCAUACCCCCUGACCCCCACCCGGGUGCUGUCCCGAUCACACUCCUGUCAAAGGGAGAAGGCUUUACUGCAUGUGGCUAGUGUUCUGCAGGAACCGAUGAAAGGUUCCCGGUGGUGUUUUGCACACUGGUAGCAUGCAAAAGGGGGACAUCACAGUGAUUCCUGUCUCGGUCUGCUUUAAAUGCUUCUCCUUUGCUUUCCCUUGCAGUGGGGGGGGGGGGGGCCCAAAUACAUUGUUUUGUAGCAAGAGUCUUGAGCCACGUCUCCAUUUAGAAUAUACUGUCUAUACAGUAAACAUAGAACUCAGAAAUCACUUCUUUGUUCUUAUUUGCCACACAGCUGUGGUGUUUGGAGUCGAUUGAGCUGUGGUUAUCUGGCACACGACCAGGCGCGCUCACGCUAGCCCGGCGACCCAGCUUUGCUAGGCAGGGUCAGAGCUCGACACGGGCUCUGCCGACUCCCAGCGGGGGGGGGGGCAGUGUGGUGUUUCUCCACAGCUCGUCCGGGAUCAGGCCAUCCGGUCGGCAGCCAGCGUUUACAGAUGAUCGCGAGCAGCUGGAAGUCACCCGACCAGCUUCUGACCGCGCAUACAUGGCCAAUGCUUGCAGUAAAUUUGACGUUUGUUUUGAAAAUGCGUGCGCUAGUUCUGUAGGAGUAACGUAAGGCUUGCGUAUGGAAUUAAAACCCAGGUUGAAAGAAAGGGGCACUUUUUCCACCUUUGUGUAACGCUCAGUGACUUCCUGCAAAACUGGUCAAAUCUGAGGCCCGUGUUGCAGAGAAGACUGAUGUCGGGACAGUUUCAGACGUGAUGAAAAGCACCAGCUGUGCAGCACCGAGAGUAUUCUGAGGCCCAGGAAAUACCUCGACCAGUCUUGAGUAUUUGUUUUGCUUGCCCACCCAGUGUGGGAUCACCACUUGUUUGAGGAUUCGGGGAGUGGCUCUGUUCUCCUCCUCCUCCUCCUCCUCCUCCUCCUCCUCCUCCUCCUCCUCCCCCCCCCACGCAUGCAGAGGUCCUGCCGAUUGGCCCAGGAGGAGGGAUGGGUCUCUCGGGGGCAUCCCUGUAGGCCUGGAGGGGACACCGUGUUGCCAAGCGCCCCAGCCAGCUCCUAACCCUUCCUCAUGCCCUCCGCCAGCAGUGUGCCCACAUGGGGGCACGUCCUUGUUUCAGACGCGUGUUGUGCUGGAGGGACUUACCCUGCCAGUUCAGGUAGGAGCAAGAGAAGAGGGGCUGUCCUGAAUUAAGGACUGGCUUCUCAGGUUUUUGGCUUUGUGCAGCAUCUGUUGACCUAUCUUGUCGUUAUCAGUCGUGGCCGUACGGAGAUGCCGCUUGUUUCCCAGCACUUAAAUACAGUAAACAAUUUUAACGUAUCCGAUGUGGGAUAUGAGUGGCUUGUAUCUUUUAAUGGGAACGCGGCUUGUCCAAGAUGGGUCCGGUGUUGCCCUCAAUCUGGGCUUUAAAGACUGACACCCUCCGGGUCGCAAGUUAGUUGCUUUUCAUAUUACAUGAAAUGAAAGGCAGGCGCAGUGUUUUUAUUGCAUUUUAAGGCAACGCAAUUACGCGAUGCACCAGUGGCACAUUGAAGUGAUCUGAACAGAGCACGUACAACGCUGGCUCCGUGUUUAAUCUGGGAAUGGUUUCCAAAACGGGGAAAACUACGGGAUUCCCGAUCCCCCCCUUCUCUCUAAUCCCUCCCAAAUCUUCCCUCUCUCAAAAAAAAAAGCAGUUAAACUAAAGGAAAAAAA